GUUGCAGUUGAGCACCUUCCUGAAAGCUGGAGCAUCACUUUUUAAAAGCCGUUUCAAUAUUUUUCUCUGUACGUGGACAAAAAUUAAACAACAAAUUAGCUGUAUCGGCUUUGUAAGAUAAACAUGAACUUGUCUAAAUUUACAGUUAGCCGUUGGAAGCAGCAUUAAGCUAACUAUCCUGUUAGCAGCUAGGAUGCUAACUAGCAUUCCUUACAUUCCACAGUGAUGUACAAGCUUCGUUUUGAGGCUUUUUUUUCUGGAUUUAACUCUUAUAGAUCAAAUUUUCAUCACACUAUUUGUGUCGUAAUGCUUUCAUUCACUACAACCACGAGUUUGACUGUGGUUUUUAACGUUUUUACCACCUGGGGAGACACAAGUUGAAUUUUUCUCCACUUCGCUUCUCAGAGAGCACCACUCAAUCUGUCCACCAUGUGGAUGUGUAUUGCUGUUUUCCUGCUAUGGAUGAGGCCAGGAGGAUGCACAGAGAAGGCCAACAUAUCACUCCUGAUCGAAUACACAGCAGCAGACUUCUAUGAGAAACUGCAUUCUGGGAAGAUGAUGUUCAUCUAUUUUGAGCAUCAAGUCUCUCCAACUGUUGCCCUCUUCCUGGUGGAAUUGGAGAAGUCUGCUGAGGCCCUGCAGGAUUAUGGGAUACUGGUUGGCAAGUUGGACUGUAAUAAAGAACUGGUUCACACGUACUGCAUGGAGGAGAGGGUGCUGCAUACGGCUUUUCUCUUCAGGGGUGGAAAGGAGUUUCUGGGAUUUGAUUUGGACACUGUGUUUGACGUCAACUCCAUCGUCUCUGAAGUCCUUUUUGCCAUCCUGCGUGAAGAGGUGAAGUACGUCCACACAGACGCAGACCUCCUCGCCAUGGAGAAGGCCGCUAGAGGGAGGAAAGAUCUUGUUCUGGGUUAUGUCCUCAGCCUGGGAACACAAGAGCACAGAUCCAUGAUGGAGACAGCGUAUGUGUAUGGAUCCAAAUAUCAGUUCAUCCUCAUAACAGGGGGCCCAGUUUUAAAGCAUUUAGGUGCUGAUGAGCAGUCCCACUCGUCCCAGGUGUGGUUCCUCCACUGCAGACUUCACAGUGGUCACCGGACUUCAGAUCGCUGCCCUUUCACUCGGAUGAGGAAAGCCCUCUCCACACUCAGCCUUCACUCCUUCCUGCAGCUCAUGGAGGCUCCACUAGUGACUGAAGUUUACGAAGACCCCUCCUCGGUCAAACCCCCUCAGUUCCCCUACCAGCAGACCCCCCAGGUCUUCCUCUUUGCUCAUCCUGCAACUGAGCACCUGGACCGGGAGACGGCUACAACCCUGGCCUGGAGGCUCCGCGGCCUCGCCCUGCUGGUACUCGUACACAGGCAGAGCCCUGCAGUGAAAACCCCAGAGGAAUACAACGCCGCUUAUAGGCUGCCUGGGAAGAAUUUAGAUGUGAAAUACUUGACUUUGCACGACCUUGACGAGGUGCUAGAGCUCUUCACAAACCAAGAGAAAGAGGAGGAGGAAGACGAGGGGAUGGAGGAGGAGGAAAACUCACAUUUUGGAGAACUGGAUGAUGAAGUGGCAGCAUCUGUCUAUGAAAGCAGAGGCAACUUGCCGGACGUGGACUCAAUUACCCAUCUAACCUCUGAAAACUUCCACGCCACAGUCGCUCAAAGCAGCAUGACAGUGGCGCUCUUCUACCUCAAAUGGGAUGCUGUUUCCAUGGCAUUCCUCAGCUCCUUUAUUGAAGUUGCAGACAGACUGGAAGAAAAAGCAUUUUCAGGUUCUGUGGUCCAGAUGAGUGCCGUUGACUGUGGAGAGUGGACCAACCUUUGUGCUGCUCAGACAGGAAGCUCGCUUCCUCUCCCCUUCCAGCCAAUCACAGCAUUUCCAAGCGUCUUGAUGCUCCGACCGAACGAGUCAGCCCAGCGCUACAGAGGGAUGCUGGGUGCAGAGGCACUGCAUCGCUUCAUCAUGCUGAGCCUUCAAGCCUCGCCAGUGCGACUGUCCACGCCUAAGGAAGUCACAUCGUUUCUUCAGGAAGUGCCUCACCCUGAGCUAGUAGGCUAUCAGCCUGAGAGAGUGCUGGGACUGUUUGAGACACAAACUGACACAGGUGUGUCACUGUUUACUGAAGCAGCAAAGUCACUGAGAGGAGAGGUGCUGACCGGGCUGCUGACAGACGAGCUGGCAGAGAAGUGGGCUGCAGAGCACUCUGUGGACCUUCCUGCAUUGUUUGUCUUUCCAUCAUGGAGGACUCCAGCUCGUCCUUUGUUUCUGUCUGUGCCCACUUCUGUGAAAGAGCUGCUCGCACACAUUAGGUCUGCACUGCUGCAUCCACUGCCUGAGCUGACAGUGGAAAACCUGCCGUCCUUCCUCUCCCUUGGUAAAGCCCUCCUCCUUCUCUUUGUAGGAGAGGAGGAGGACGAGAUCGGGCGGCGGCAGAACCAGGCACUGGUGGAGGAGAUGAGAGGAGUGGUGGAGCUGGGUGGAGGGAGGAUGAAGUCAUACCUGGCCUGUUGGAUCCACCUGGGCCGUACUCCAGCUGGUAUGUCUGUCCUGGGCUCAUAUCUGGGCUCUAUGCCCCCCCUCCCUGCUCUGGUCCUCACCCAUUUCCCCUCUGGAGAUGAAGUCUAUCAGUUUCCCCCCAGCGCCCCCAUAGCCGCCCCUUCUGUCCUACGGUGGCUGCAGAGAGUCGAGGCUGGGACUGAAACACCUGCAGGGAUGCUGGGCGACGCCAGCUGGCCUCCUGCUUUCGACUUCUACGACUUCCUGAAAAUCAUGGACACGCAGGAGCCUGAGGCGGCGCUGAAGCAGACUCCUGCAGAUGAAGAUGACAUGGAAAAGGAUGAGGAGAAUGAAGGAAAAAACAUUGCGGAGGAAGAAGCAACGGGCUCCUCGUCUAGAUUUCCUACAAGUGAAAAUAAAGCAGACAUUCACUCUGAACUAUGACUGAAAAAGCAGGAGGGAAAACACACUAUGCUGCUGAUAUUCCAGGUUUGUAUAUACUGAUCAUGAGGGUGUUUUUAUUAUAUUUUUGUACAUGUGAGUAUUUUUCAUUCUUCCCUCUAUUUUUUAUUGCCCUAUAGAAACACUCUGCAGUCACAUAAUACCAUAUAUACAUGUUGUUAAAUGUGGGAUGUGCCAAAGACACUGAAAACUUUACAAUAAAAGAAAAUCUAC